UUCUGAUUUAACAGCAAAAAUAUCAGUAUCUUUUUUGUGCUAUAGAGAUGGAUGAGGAUAGGUACAUAAUAAGCAAAUAUUUGCCAUAAAGCUUUCUUACUGGAAAGGCUUAUUCGUCAGGACUAGGUACAGGAAGCACAGUUUACCAAAAUAUUCAUUCCUCGUGGUGUUACUGCUGCCUUUUUUCGUAGUAUGAACCUUUUGGGGAAACAGUCCUGUCUCCUAGAGUGGUGACACUACUCAAAGUUCCGUUUUUCUCAAGGGAUUUCUUAAAUGAGAACCUUCUGAUUUAAAGCCAUGAUCAUGCUGCUGCUGCUAAGUCGCUUCAGUCAUAUCUGACCUUGUGCGACCCCAUAGACGACAGCCCACCAGGCUCCCCCAUCCCCGGGAUUCUCUAGGCAAGAAUACUGGAAUUUCACAAGAACUUAGAGUUUUAAUGAAAUAAGAAUGUUACAUUAUUUUAACGAAUCACAGAAAUUGUCAUUUGACUGAGAAGCAAAACCCCGUGCUUGGGCUGGGGGUGGGGGACUGAGGAAGCAGUAAAAUCUGCAAAUUGUGCAGAAGAAGCUGCAAGAGAAAAGUCGGGGCUGGGGGCGGGGAGGAAGGAGUAAGAUUAGACUCUUUUUGAAAAGAUUUUAUUUUUUCUUCGAGGGGCCACAAAAGAGAAAAAGAACGAUUGAAAGAUUUCCUCUACCCCAACUGGUGACUUAAACAGACCCACAGGUGUAAAGCAACUGCUUUGAAAUUUAAAAAGUAGUAAAGCAUUCCCACUUCCUACUGAGUUUCAUAUUAGUCUAAGAAUAGUAUUAUAAAAGUGUGCAUUUCGUUGGAAAACUAUAAAAUUAGAAUUCCCGCGCGCUAGAGAGAGGCGGGGGUGGACAAGGUGGAGGAAAGAGACAAGGGAAACUCAGCGCUCACUGGAUCUGGCCUACCGUUUUUUAAGUAUGGAGAAACGGCAAUAUAAUUUCUAUCUAGUCUUUCCUCAAUUUCAUGGCAAAAAUAACAAGAAGUUUUCCCAAAUAAGCAACCGAAAAUUUUUGUAGAGAGGGGAUUAAAACAACAACAACAACAAAAACCUCUUGGGGACUUAGCUCCGCCCACUAUCUUGAGGUUUUCAACCAGGUCCGCUAUAAGGCUAUAUUAGCUCAGGUUCUUAGCUUCCCGAAUUGUUACGAGCUUGUUUAAUGCGCUUGUCAUUUCUUUCUUGUUGAAAAUGUCUGGCAGGGGCAAAGGAGGGAAAGGGCUAGGUAAGGGAGGUGCCAAGCGUCACCGGAAGGUCUUACGGGACAACAUCCAGGGCAUUACGAAGCCCGCAAUUCGCCGUCUUGCCCGCCGUGGUGGUGUCAAGCGCAUCUCAGGGCUCAUCUACGAGGAGACCCGUGGAGUGCUCAAAGUGUUCUUGGAAAACGUGAUCCGCGAUGCAGUGACGUACACGGAACACGCCAAGCGCAAGACGGUCACGGCCAUGGAUGUGGUGUAUGCUCUGAAACGCCAGGGCCGCACCCUCUACGGCUUCGGUGGCUGAGCUCUGGCUGCGGCUUAUCAUCAGAUUCCAAAAGGCCCUUUUUAGGGCCACCAAAACGUCAAAAAAAGGGUUGAUCACGCUUAAGUUCCAUGGUGAAUGUGCUAAUAGGUGCUUCAGAGGAGGCUUUACGAUUGCAGUUGUUUGGACGGAUGAUUCGGGGUUAGGCUUGAGGCUGGGGGAGGUGUGAGCAGCAAAGCUCGAAGUGGGGACCCUGGGGCCCGCGCUAGGGACGUAGCUUGGGAAAUGCAUCGCAGGGCAGUAAGUGAUCUUCCCCUUUGUUUCAGAUGCUGAAGUGCUGAGUUUGACUCCGUUUGGGAAACAGGGCGGCCGCGUGUGGGCGAAGUCCAAGGCCAGGCCUAAACCGUCGGCACCUGCGCUACUCGUGGGUCGGCUGCACAAAGGUGGUCGCGCCGAGCAGGUCUGCAUGUACAGACUGGAUUGAAGAUGGGCUUGAAUAAUCUGGCAGCUGUUGUUUGGCUGUUUCCCUGAGAAUGAAUCACCUAUGGUGUGACUGUUGAACUCCAGCAGGUGGAGUCUUGAUCACUUCGGCAAAUUUGGGCACAAACACAAUGGACCCUUGGUAAACAAAUGACUUGAUUGGAGGAAGCAGAAGUACACACAUCCAGUGGCUACAGGCAUUCGGGGUGUAUUUCAGCUAAUCUGGGCUUUUGUGUUCUACUGUAAAGUGCAUCUCAUAAAUCUGCCAACUCGGUGUUCAAUAUUUGCUUUUGACCCUUGAAACUUUCCCAGCAGAACCUCCUUCCCUUUAAUCGUGAUCUACAUGCUAGUAGUUUUGCAACAUAAAGAAGACGUACGAUUUUUACCUUAAAGGAUCCAGGAAGGAAUGUUAUCUUGUUCCUUCCCUUUUGAAAAUGUUUUCCUGGUUUCAUACUCUAAUCAGAGGAUUCCCAGAACUGCAUCUGCCUUUUGUCUUCACAUCUGCAUUAAAAGCACCUGACAGUUACUACUUC